AUGAACUGGGCUUUCCCGGAAAUCUCAAAAACCCAGAAUUUCUUCUCUCCUUCAUCGCUACCACAACCACCACCGUUAUCUCUCCGAUCCGACUCAACCUUCGAUCUAAACAGCAAAAUCAGCCCAAGCAUUCUCCUGAUAAUCAUAAUCCUCUCAAUCAUCUUCUUCAUCUCCGGUCUCCUUCACCUCCUCGUCAGAUUCCUCCUCACGCCACAGAGCAGAGACAGAGAAGACUACUUCGACAACGUCACCGCUCUUCAAGGCCAGCUCCAGCAGCUCUUCCACCUCCACGACUCCGGAGUCGACCAGUCUUUCAUCGACACGUUACCGGUUUUCCACUACAAGUCCAUCAUCGGCCUCAAGAAUUACCCUUUCGAUUGCGCUGUGUGUCUCUGCGAGUUCGAAACAGAGGACAAGCUCAGGCUUUUGCCCAAAUGUAGCCACGCCUUUCACAUGGACUGUAUCGACACGUGGCUUCUCUCUCACUCGACUUGUCCGUUAUGCAGAUCCAGCCUCCUCUCUGAUCUCUCUUCUCAUCAAGACCAUCCUCGCUCCUCUUUCCUCCUCAUUCUCGAGUCCGCGAGUGAACACAGCUCGAGAGAGAUCGUCGGAGAUAGCGACGUUGCAGCUGAUUGUGUGGCUGCAAAUGAUGAUCUUGGAUCGACCCGUCACGAUACGGGUCGUGGAGAUGAAUACCCGGAUGGUGAAUUGGGUGGUUCGGUUGGAAAGGUUGUUCCUUUUGCAGUGAAGCUAGGGAAGUUUAGGAACUUAGAUGUUGGAGAAGGAAGUAGUAGCAACAUAGAUGGUGGUGGUAAUAGUAGUAAUUUAGACGAAAGGAGAUGUUUUUCAAUGGGGUCAUAUGAGUAUAUAAUGGAGGAAGAAACAGCUCUCAAGGUUCAUGUUUCGACCAAGAAAGUGGCAAGCAAGAACCGUCGCUUGCCAGGUCACAGGACAGCUGUGUCCGAGUGCGGUUUUGAUCCAACGGGGAGGUUGAAAUUCAAUGGAAGUGGGUCGAUGAGGAUUGUGGAGGAAGUUUCGGAGAAGAAUGUAGUUGAAAGAGAGAGUUUCUCGGUGUCCAAGAUUUGGCUAAGAGGGAAGAAGGAGAAGCAGAGUAAAGCUCAAGGCAAAGAGGAUGGUUCUUUGGUUUCUUCGUCUUCGGGAAGAGCAUUCUCUUUCGGGUUAUCGAAACAUAUUGAUGCGAAGAUCGAAACCGGUUGCGAAGAAGAGAGUCAAAAGCGAGAGAAUUCGCAGUCUUUGGAGACGAAAACGCCAUCUUUUGCUAGGAGGACUAUGCUUUGGCUUGCAGGGAGACAAAACAAGGUUGUUCAUUCUUCUUCUCCAUCUAAUGUCUAG